UCUCAAGUUAGCUUGUUAGCGUCAGUAGCAAGUUCCCUUUUGUGUUAAUUUGCAGUAGAACUUUUAUUUUGAAAUUGCAUCACAAACCCUCUUGCUGACAGCAGAACAAAUACACACAGAGCCCAGCCUCAACUUUCGACCUGUUGUUGGACAUUUCAAACAUGUAGCUAACAGAACUGCCCGAAAAUACGAGACUCGUGACUUGAUUUGGUCUUCGCUGAAUUCGAGGAUGAAGCGGAUCCACUCAGGUCAAGACUCCGGCCCUUCAGUGUGAUGCUCAGGGACUCCUGCAGCUUGGCUCUUAGAGACGGCGCACCAUGCUGUCCCCAUCCUUAAUGCAGCCACUCAGAAGGAGAGCGUGAUCUGCGGUGGAUGUUGAAAGGCGCAUCCUAAGAGCAGAAGAGGAGAGAUUAUCUGCAGUCUAGCCCUACCACGUCCUCCAGCUUCGUCCAUCUGCUCCCCUCCAACACCCCUCUAUCCCCUCGUUCUUUUCUUGCUUCAUCCCUUCUUUCUCUUUCUGUAUCUUUCUGUGAGGAUGGAUGGUACAGAGCACCUGCAGGCUAGUCUGAACUCCUCCUACAUUUCUGCGCUCCACUCGUCCUCCAUGUCUGACGAGGAGCAGGAGGUGAAGGCUGAGGGUGAAGACCGCUCGCCCCUCCUCACACAUUCGCAGCAGCCCGCCGGCCCAUUGAGCGCCCGCCACCGGCCGCACGACACCUAUUGCCUGGUGUAUGGCAUCUUCUUCCUUAUGGGCAUCGGCUCUCUGCUGCCCUGGAACUUCUUCAUCACGGCCAAGCAGUACUGGCUCUACAAACUGAGCAACAGCUCCAGCUCAGAAGGACACGAGGAGCCCCAAACUGACCACAGCGACUACUUUGAGAGCUACCUUGCCAUUGCCUCCACUGUUCCUUCAGUGCUGUGCCUCAUCCUCAACUACCUCCUGGUGAACAGGUUGUCCUCUGAAGUGCGGAUCCUGUCCUCUUUGGUUGUGAUCCUGGUGGUGUUUGUGGUCACCACAGUGCUGGUGAAGGUGGAUGUGUCAGGCUGCAGGGGGCAGUUUUUUGCAGGCACACUGGCCAGUGUUGCUUUGGUCAGUGGAGCUUCCAACCUCCUCAGCGGCAGCGUUUUCGGCAUUAGUGGCCACUUCCCCAUGAGGAUAUCUCAAGCCCUCAUAUCAGGUCAGGCUAUGGGUGGUACUCUGAGCGCAGUGGCGGCCGUGGUGGAUCUGGCUGCUGCCGGUGAUGUGACCACUAGUGCACUUGCCUACUUCCUCACUGCUGAUGUCUUCAUCCUUCUUUGCAUCGUGAUGUACCUGCUGCUGCCCAAACUGGCCUACUCGAAGUACUACAUGGAGGCAGCCUGCACUGGUCCUCCUACAUCAGACAGUAUUCUCCCCCAUUCUGAAUCCAACGGCCACGGCAGUCCAACUGCAGUCUCCGUGCCCCCCCUCAGGCCCAUCCUGAGGAAGACCUGGGUGCUGGGCUUUUGUGUCUUCUACGUCUUCUUCGUCUCCAUUAUGAUCUUCCCAGCCAUCUCUUCAGGCAUCCAGUCAGUAGACCAAGACUCAGGCAACCCCUGGACCACCGUCUACUUUGUGCCACUCACCAGUUUCUUCCUGUACAACGUGUCUGACUUCUGUGGCCGGCAGGUGACCGCCUGGCUGCAGGUGCCAGGUCCCACCAGUCGGCUGCUGCCCACACUGGUUCUCUGCAGGACCGUCCUGGUGCCACUUUUCAUGUUCUGUAACUACAAGCCGCGGCACCACCUGGACCAGGUGUUUUUUCGCCAUGAUUUAUUCCCUGUGGUCUUCGUCUGUCUGCUAGGACUCUCUAACGGAUACCUGGGCACACUGCCCAUGAUCUACGGGCCCAAGGUGGUGCCACGGGAGCUGGCCGAGCCCGCUGGAGUGGCCAUGUCGUUCUUCCUGACUAUGGGGUUGGCUGUAGGCUCUGCCUUCUCUGUGCUUCUGGUCCACUGUAUCUGACUGCAUCUGAAAGCAGAGAUAAGCUCACAAAACAAACAGUGAACACAAACAAACACCAAAAUUGAGCAAGAUUUUUCACCGAACAUAAUCGAAAACAAGAACAAAAUCACUUUUAACUCUUUAAAAUUGAAACUUUAUUUUAAAAUGUGGUUUAACUGGCUAACAUUAUUAUUUAUAAUAAUGUUAUUCUGAUUCUGAUUUUUUUUACCACCAAAUUGGCCAAGAGCCGUCUAUCAAAUGCAAGUGAAUGUGAAGUUGAGCGUGGAAGAUUUUAGAUCUCUAAUCCUAAACCUAACCUCAAGGCAAAACCUACACCUACUCUUAACCCUAACCUUAAUGUUGUUGAUGAUCAACUGAGGAUCACCAGAAAGUUUGUUAAUGAUUUAAGUACCUGUAGAUCAUCUAUGGGGGACCAUCCAAAUAAAGUGUGACCCAUAUUUCUAGUAAUUUUAUUAGCCAAAGUCACAAUAUAAGUAACAUUAUUUGCUUUUUAAUUGGAUAAACUGCCAUUUUAAAUUUGUAGCUGCCUAUUUAAAUAACAUGAACCACAAAGUGCUACACCAAAGGAUUAGGAUAAGGAUGUUUAAUGCAAUGAAUGUUAUUUACAUUAUAAAAUUAAACAAAUCAGCCAAAAGCAAAGUAUUAAAUUGGCUGAUUGCCGACGGCAGGUCUGGGGCAAAAGUGUGCUGAUUCCGUUUAUGCAUCUGUAGUUAUUAUAAAUGCAACAGUGACUGACAGUAUUGCUUUUUAAAUAGACCUAAUAUGAGCACAGUAUGCUGUAUCAGGAGGAUGUUAUUAACCAUUGUUAUAUUUUUAUAUUUAAUUCACUGUUGUCACUGUGCAUAACACUGGACCAUAACCUGGAGUUGUUUCUGUUCAGAGCAAAAUAAGACAAACAACAUUUUGUUUCUAAUUCCUGAUUCUGUGAAAAUGAACUGGAACGACGUCAUAACCAGUUAACCACGUUUUAAAUGAGCUUUUACUCUGUUUUGUUUGAUUAUGUUGGGUGGAAAAUGUUGCUCAUUUCAGGUUUUGUAUUAUAAUCCCUAUCUGAAAGGAACAGUGACCCCCCCUCCGCCCUCCUCAGGCGCAGCAGUAGAGUUCCACUCAAAGACACACUAGUACACUAGCAACCUGUGUCCAGUCGAAAGCACUGCAGCGCUUGGAUGUUUAAAGGCUCUGUGUGCAGGAUUUCACAUGGUGACAGUUGUCCAAUUCAGUAUUGGUGUCCCAGCAUAGGCAGAGAGUUGUUUGAUUUAUUUUUGGGAGGACUGCAAUUCUUAUGUUUUAAUUAUGUUUAUUUUUAAUUAUGUGUAUUUCCUUAAAGAUAAAAAGUGACAAAAUUGCCAGUAAAUCCAGUAGCUCUGCUGUAACAGCCUAUGAGCAUUGAGUUUACUUUUUAACGUAGCACAAUUCUUUCUAACAUUUAAGAGACGUCUCAAUGUUUUAAUGAGUGCCCAUAGAUUUGUUACAUGUACCACGUGAACACUGACCUUCUCCAUUUAAAGUAGCAUAAAUUCUUGUGCAGCUCAUUCCUCUGUUCAAAGCUGUUUGGCUGAUUUUCCAUCAGAUUUAUCAAUCAUGAGAUUUGCUGGCAUGCACAUAACAGCUUCAUCCAGCCACAUGUGCAAGGCUAGAUUAACAAGGUAUUCAGAAAGUUGUUUAAAUGCUUAUUAACCCCUUUAAAUACCAGGCUUAUUACAUACUAAGGCUUAUUUUUCAGGAACUGCAGGAAUUUACUGCAAACUGAUUGAGCUAUUCUUAGGUUAUAAAAGUAUAUAAUAAAACUUUGGACUCACUGAUGGGUCCUGACCAUUUAAGGGUUAAUCUGGGCAAGGCUGAAAUAUUAGGGUGAAUAUAGAUAGUGUAGGGUCAGUAGGGUCCUUGGUGGAGGUGCGUACAUAUAUUUUCAGAAUUGAUAUGCUUUUUAAUUCUGAGGUCAGGAUUUGAUUUGAUUUUCAAAUUUGUUUUUAAAUGGUCUCGAUUCUACAGAGCUCUAAAUAAUCCACUAGACAAAUUGGUUUGGCUCAGAUUAUGAAUUCUCCAGCACCUGCCGCUCCGCCCUCUUACAAUCACAACCCCUAGAGUUUAGGAGUGAGCAGAGGAGUUUGAGCACGAGUAUGUGCAGAGCAUAAGCCCUGCCUGUCCUGUCAAGUUUAUUCUGAUAGCAUAAAUCCUGGGGCCGGUUUCUCAAAGCUUUAGGACCUAGAACCGCUCUGUGACCAGCUAGUAACCUUCCCUGUGCCUCAUUCUCAAAAGAACUCCAAGACCUCCUAAGGUAGUUGUGGCAUUAGCCCUGGUCUAAACCUUAGAAGGAAGGCAGAUCGUCUGCUGAUUUACUGUCUACCAAUGACAGACAGCUUUUCAAUAUGCACACAGCCAAUGGGAAGAGAGUGAGGAGGACCACAUGAUACAUCUUUGACCUUAGCUGAGGGCAACAUUAAUGAUGCUGAUUGAAAGUGGUAUCAAAUUAUAAAGUUCAGGUACAAAGGUUGAAUUUAUGAUCUGUGAGUUUUGGCAGUUGAUUCAAUGCGGUUCACAAUAAGUGGGAGUGUUCUCUUCUUAAUGUUCCUGAAAGAAAACACAUUUCCUGGUGUUAUCCUGCUAAGAUUGUGAAGUGGUCUUAAAUUUUACUACAGUCACACUCACAGAUGAGACCGGUGAUGUGGCGAAAUAGGCUCAAAAUCUUAUGGGAAUUGCUGGAGCAGCCAGUUUUGACCGAGGCUGGGAACUUACAAUGGUCCUAGUGUGUUAAGACUGUCCUAAGUGCUUUGAGAAUCCGUCCCUAGAUGUCUAGUUUUUGGUCAUUGACCGUGGUUUCUAAGAGAGACCCUUGGAAAAGGCAGAGGGGCGUAUUGGCCAUAUUGUUUAGUUUUGAUAUAUAGUUUUAAAAUUUCAUUAUAGAAAACACACAGUUCCGGUCCUAAAAUCUGAUUGGCUGAGCCGCUUUCGAAGCCGUUGUAAAAUCUGCGUAUACCACGCCUAUGACCGCCUCACAACAACUGAACUCUGUAUCACUGCGCCACAGCACGAAAACCCCUUCUGCUGUUAAUGGAUUCAUCUUUGACUCUAACGCUGAUCGCACGGAGCACCGAGUGCACUGAUGAAAUAAGAACCUGUUUUUGUUUAAACUGAGGGGCUGAAAACUUAUUUUGUUAUCUAGAACUAGGCUGGUCAGCUAGCCAGCAGGCUAGAAGACAGCAAACAUGCUAAACAACUCCAACAUUAAUAUCACAGGCUUGAAUUAAAGUACUCACGAUGUGAUUAACUGAAAACUGCAGUAUAAAAGGCUAAAGAAUGUCACCUGAAUGUCUUACACACUUCAAAUAUCUGUGUUUCAGUCAGAAGUCGCAUCAAACCCAGACUGAAUCCCAAACGGCUCCGUACUCCCUGGCUAAAUAGUGAGCUGUGUAACAUUAAGUUCAGAAAUUCUAGCUUCUGCUGUCAGAUAGUGACUGCCUGUCGAGAAUGAAUGUGGAUGAAUCCCAAAUGACCAAUUUUUUUGCGAUAUUUCACAUUGUUGGGCUGCAGGAGUAUUCAAACCUCUACGUAGUGCACUAUGUAGGGAGCAGGGAGCCGUUUGAGGUUCAGCCCCAGCGUGAGAAAAGUGGCGUCGUCAGACUGGCAGAAGACUCGCCGCGGUGAUUUGGUGACCAAAAAGUACUUAUAAACUGAAAGUGUUUGCAUCAAACUGUGCUAUCAUAUGUUCACUGUUAUACAAAAAAGGUUUUUAAACCAUCAUGAAAUGUCUGCAGUUUACAGCGAUGGGCGACCGAACGUUCUUCUCCUCAUUCAGCGGUCAGUGGUUGCUUAGCAACAAUAGCUUACCCUACUCCAAAGGAACUACAUUUCUUGGCGGCAUACAUGUUUAUGUUGAUUAUUCUUAAUAAUAACUUAAAUAAUUAUCUAAAACAUUGUGUAUUGUAGUACAUCUUAUGUUGGCCACUGUUUUAUAAAAGCAAUAAGCCACUUGAGGCAGUUACUGCGGUUUUAUCAGGGGAAAGGGAGUUUUAGGACACCCUUCCCUUGAUUAAAUCGCAGUAACCCAUGGCCUCUCGUGGCUAAUUGCUUUAGUAUGAUACUGUACUGAGACCAUCAAUUUCCUUCUUUUCUAGUGCUUGAUUUCUUUCACCAGUGUUGAAUUUCUAUGAAAACAUAAACCAGAUUCCUGCAAAGAGGCAGUCUUUAACAGGUACAUACCCUUUUGCAUUUUUUGAGUGCCUCAAAAUGAUUUUCCCUGGUCGUUGAGCUGCGAGCGAGAAAUCCUGCACAUAGUGAAGUGUUUGUGUCUAAAGUGAUGAUUAACCAUCCUGUGCUGCUCUGAGAGAUAGUAGGCGAUGGUCACUAACACUACAGAGCUUUUGGACACAGGCAGAAGCACAGGAUAAGAGAUAAAAGCAUGUGCAUUACUGCAUUUCACUGACAGGGGGCCAUAUCAGUUUCAUUACCAGCACAGAUCAUGUCAUAAAUCUUAGUCUUUUUUUAUUGUUUACAAAUUCUUGAUCUAAUUGUAUUGUUAUUGUUUUUUUAAACAGGUUUCGAAAUGAGUUUGAUAUGAAUGGUUUUUUUUUUUAAAGAAGAAAAGACUGUCAACAUAUUUUGUUGCCCAAAAGUCCAUUUUAAAGACGUGCUGCAGUGUUUUGUAUGAAACAUUUUGCAAAAUACAGUGAUUUUAAACUUGUAAGUUAGUAAUGAAAGACCUGGCUUUUGUUUUCAUUUCCUCUUUUACCUUCCCUUCCUCCCCUGUCCCUCUCCAUACUCGGUGAGGUGAGAACGUGCCCCCACAGGUACCCCUGUGAGCCUGGUCAGGAAGGGUUUGACGUUGCAUUGUUGUGCAGAUGAAUUGAGACGACUGAAGGAUUAAGUCUGUUGUUAUUCAGUACCACUCUUAACUCCAGAGACCAGCAGGAUGCUGUUUGGUUAAUGCAAAUAAUAAUGCCUCAAGACUUUUACUCACUGUAAAAUGGCAAAAAUAUCUGUCAUAUUUAUUCACAGCAAAUAAGGAUCAUUUUGUGUAUUGAUCCUGGUGAAAAGGCAGAUUCUUGAUGAGCAGAGCUAAUGGAAGUAAGCCAUACAUUUGUGGAAAAUGUCCAUGUUUACAUACUUUUGUGUUUUGAUUCAUAAGUUUACAACAACAAUAAUGUAAAAUGUACUUCGGCAUGAGGCCAAUAGUAAAUGUAUGCAGUAUUACUUGUGGUGUUGAUUCUCUAAGUGAAAAUAAGUGAACACAUCCUCUACAGUGAACAUGCUUCUGCACAUUUUAAUACACAAUUAC